AUGGUGAUUGUCGGUGCUCCUGAGCCGACGUCAGAGCUCGCUGCCUCCUGGCUGGCAAUGGUCGCCAGGCAUCAGUAUGAGCCCGAAAGGGAGACCACGGCGACGAAACCCGCGGCUCUCCUUGUCGCGGACGCGCCUGGUUCAAUUGCGACUGUAGUCGCUCAGACUCCUGCAACUGCUGCUGCUGUUCCAUCUGCCCCGACUGUGCAGGCUGAACCCCAAGCGUCCCCUGCAGCACCGCCGGAGGCUGUCGCCGACCCCUCGGCACCCUUGCCUGCGGGACUUGUCGCCGCGCCUGAGUUGCCGGCUCCUGCCUCUGUCUCGUCCCCGCAGGCGGCGCCCGCCACCACUGGCGGCCCGGCCCCGUUGGUUGGGCCCCCGGUUGGGGGUCUGGCUGCAUCUGUUGUGCCACCGACUGCUCGUGUGGCGUGGCAGUCUCGCCCGCCGUCACCCAGCCGGCGCCCAUCUCGCCCUCAUUCUCCCGCUCCCCAACACGAUCGUCAAUCCUAUCGGCGCCGGCGCAAUUCUCCCCGUCGCCCGCAUCACCAGGCCCAGUGGCACGCGAACCACGGCGGCCGCGGUGGCUGGUGGGGUCCCCGCGGUCACGGAGGUGGUGGGGCGUACGAUCCGCCCGUGAGGAUGGCGGAUCUGAAGCAGGCGGUGUCAACUGCGGUGCGUGAGGAGAGGGCCGCCCUGACCCAAGGCAGCUCUCACGCUGUCGUGGCACGUGCUGCUCCUCGACAGGCUGAACUUCCUGUGGGCACGCCGCCGGCUGCAACUGUCCCUCAUCAGAGUCCGGCCCCGUCGGCUCCCUCUGUUGCUGCCUCUGCCCUUGUUCCUGGGUCUCGGCUUCAUCUCCCGCCCGUUGCGCCUGUGGCGGGAGUUGAAUUUGUGGCUGCGGGAGUGGGAGCGCAGUAUCCUCAUCCUGGAGUUGCUUGA